AUGAACGAGGAGCCCCAGCAGUACAAGACCUACCAGAGGCCUGUGGUGCAACAGAAAGCUGUAAUACUACGAGCGGCGAGGUGGGUCCGAAUGGACAUCGGCCUGGAGGUGCACACCUUACAUUACACGAUUCACCGCAAGUACACCAUGCACAGGGGCUACUUGGUGUUGAUUGCGGACCCCCACGAGGACCGCAUCGACCCGACCACGGAGCCCCACAAGUGCACGAUCCACCAGAAGCUCGAGGAGAGGCUCAAGCCAGCAGCAAUGGGAGUGGAGAUGGGCACCAUCGCCGAUGCCAUGAAACCCCACAGCAAGCUCAAAAACCGGCCAGCGAGCCUCGCCCUCUACAUGAUCCUCGGGCAGAGCGGUGCAGGAGAUACAAGUGACCAAGUGUGGAAUGAAGGCAUCGCCGAGGAGCUCGCGGAGGACCUGACUGAUGCCUGGGAGGCGGACCACGACGUCGUUGGCAUGAUGGCGGAGGUUAGGCCCGCUGCCUCUAUGCAGCACUGUGCUGGGGAUACCGCCGAUGCUAGUCCAAUGGGCCGAGACGUCGGCCCCUGCUCGAUGACUCAGCUCCGAUGGGCCCGGAGUGCCUCGGCUGUGAUCCUCUGGCUGGCGGGGCUAGAGUCCCCGACGGAAAGCGACGCUGUGGAGGAUGAGGUGUCCAUGGUCGCCAAACGGUCCGAGUCCACAGUGCGCCUGGUGCCAGGCCCGGGGCGGGCGCUAUUGUCGCGAAGGCCCUUGGCAAAAGGGUCGGUGCCGUGGAGACAACUUGACGAGGAGGUGAGCGACACAGUGGAAGUGGAAGUGGAGGAGUGUAGCCCCGCGGCGAACCCCCGAGAGGAGGCGGCGGAACUCACGCCAUACCAAGUAUGGCAACUGCUCCUUGGACUCACCGAAGAAUCCACUCUCACUGUCACGUCGAUCUCGCAGGAAGGCAUCCUACCAAGCUACGUGUACAACAAUAUCAUCGAGACGCUCAUGGACCAGGACGAUGAGGACUUCGAGGCCUUUGAAGGUGACCUGGGCCAGAUCCUGGGGGACCUCACGGUAACGCUCAGGGACAUUGUCGAGACGGUACGGGAAAACAGAAAACGGAAAAGGCAGAGAGACACGGAAGCGGCCGAUGCACCGGACCGAACAGGAAGCUCCCGCGACCAUGAAGGCGGAGACCCCGGAAGUGAAGGAGAUGGCGCCAUUGAAGUCACCGCCUUCAUGCAGCGCACAGUGACUGGGGUACUCCGGGGACCUCGCCAUGCAGAGACCGGACAACAGUCGCUGCACGCAGAGCUCCAGCAGUACGAGGACCCCAAGGCAGCUCGGCUUUCGAAAGCACUACUGAGGAGGCUACAAGGGCAGGCGCACCGUGUGGAGGAUUACGACUCGGUCUGUGCGGUUCUCUUGGCGCAUGCGGACCCGGAGGCUGAGACUGUGUGCAAGAGUGAGGAGCAGGAAUGGGUCACUACAUGGGAACGACGUCUUACGAGGAGUACAUUCGCGGCGGGGGCUGGAUCUUCCACGGACCUGCCGGUGAUGGUUGACGAAGAGACCCAGCCGAACCAGAAUGACCAGGACGCCGAGCUGUACGAGUGGCACCUGGCCAAGACGAGGGAGGACGACCAGAGGGGCGAGCGGAACCAAGUGGCGGCCAUGGCGGGCUGGUCAGUGAGACCGGGCCCAAAGAGAAUGCGCUUGGAAAUUGAGGCGGGGUCCAAGACCGAGGGCGGGCGCAGCAUGACCCUGGCUGUGGCUGAAGGGGAAGAGGUCCGGCUGGCGAUCAAGGCAGUGAUGGAGCAAGGGCCAGAUGAGUACCUCCAUGCAGGACGACCGGUAGAAGCCAAUGAGGCGAUGGAGGCCAUCCGACUGGAAGAGGAAAGGCUAGAGCAAUGGAGGCCGGGUGACCCCACAUCGGGGGACCAGGAGUUGAUGUACCAGAGGAGGAACAAGAAUGGCGAAGAGCGGCCAACCUGGCCCGCGACCGCCGACACGCAAAAUGGCGGAGCCGGGCAGAGGACGCUCGCCGAGAGGCUGAAGCCGGAACAGGAGGAGGAGGAGGGAGAGGCCGCCCCUGUGCCACGAGACAGUGCCCGACAAGGUGAGCUACCCGGAGCUGCAGGAGAUGCUGGAAGUGCCCUUCGAGCCCUGCCAGAACCUCGCGAAGGAACCGCCCCUCAAGAACCAGAACGCCAGCAGUACCAGCACAACGUGACUGGUGAAGUGCUGGCAGAUCCAGCCCAACAGGACACGGAGCCCUAUGAUACGAUGGAUGUGGAGCCGCGUGCACCAUAUGCACCGGAACCACAACAAACAGUGGCAGACGAGAGCGAUGCCGAGGAGCUUUUCCGUAUCUCGGAAGAAAUGGAACAGUUCCGAGCACUACAGCGAAUGGGAGAUGAAGAUCUGUACCGCUUGUGGGACCAGGGGAAGGUAACUAGCCAGCAGUUGGCGGACGCAGGGGGUCAGGCACUUGUCAACAGACUGGUGCAACGGAAGCGGCGGGAGCGCAAAGCGGGUGCGCCUUCACACCCAACGGGGGAUGCCGUGGCUCUCGGCAGUGGACAACAGUCCGAGCACCUCCAAUGGCUGCGUGACCAACCUCGUCACCAUGUUGACCAGAUGUUCAUGGCAGGUGACAUCUCAGACGCGGCUGUGCUCGAGUUGUGGGGCCCGGGCAUGCUCCGCGAGCUUGCGCAGCUGUGUUGGGACCGCCGUCGCGCGGCCGAAGUGGCUCGUGAAGCUGACCGCGAACAAGGUGGGGUGCGGAGGCGACGAAGUGACCGGACGGACAGCGGAGACUGA